CGGCGAGGAGCAGACGCCGCGCCCGCCGCCCGCCCGCACCCGCGCCCGUGAUCCUCGUCGUCGGGCUCGCGUCACGCCCCGUCGUCGCCGCGCCGGGGGACCGCACUUCGCCUCCAGCCUUCCUUCCUCGCGGCCGGAUCCUCCACGCGGCCGCUACGCCCUUCUCCAGACCGGACCCACUGACUGCGUGCAUGGUCCCCCCGGACGGCAGGCAGCGACCGCCCCCCUCCCCGCCUCCGCCCUACGCCGCCCAGGACAUGAGUCGGCUGCCGAUGUCUGCGAGCGCCCCGCCUCUCUACUACGGGGCCACGGACGCGCCUUACAGUGCGCUGCCUCCCUAUGACUCGUCGCGCGGAGGGGGGGCCUCGAAGUCCUUCUCGGCGAAGGCGCCCUUCAACACCAGCCGGGAGCCGCUGAUCCCGCCGCAGCCCGGGCAGACGACGAUCAUCGUCGACGCCACGCUUCGCCCAGGAACCUGCGUCGUCUGUAGGAAGGGGCAGAUGAAAGAGAGCGCUACUCAGUGGACAUGGUUGGCCUGCCUCCUGCUCGUGCCCUUCGGUAUUCUACCCGGCAUUGUCGCCUAUUGCUGCUGUUUCCGGCGCCCGAAGUGCACCAGCUGUGGCUACGCGGUCUAGCAGGCAACUCUGCCAUCGCUCCUGCAGGCCCUCUUCAGACUACACACUCAGGCACACUUUCACGUACACUUACGGCCGUAUUCUCAAGUAACCUGUGGGAUGCAUUCGUUGAAGCACAAAAUUCCUGAACUAUGGAAUAAUUUCCUGAAAACAACAACUUGCAGCUUGGCAGUUCUGUAUCUGCGUAAAAGCUUCCUACAGACACGGAUAUUUUGGCAUGAGAAAUAUAUGCUAGGAAUUGAUUUGCAAUACUCAGUUUCUUGAAGCAUACGGCCUUAGGUAUAUACUCAUGUUGUGCAUGGACUCUUGACCUCAGGCUGUUCCCUCAGGUACAGCCUCCACCUCGCUUUCGUUUAUAUAUAUAAACGAUGUACUUACUGGUUUUCCCUCUUCAUGAUCAUGUUUUUAAUUUGUAUUAUAAUUUGCUUUGUGUUAUUAAAAAAGUCUGACUCGCCUUUUGUAUAUUUGGAAACCCAUUUCUCAGCUUCGCGACACGACACCACACUAUUUGA